AGGAGAGAGCGGGCAAUUGGGGAGGGAGUCGGUGGGUGAAAUGAAAGGGUGGAGGGAGGAGAGGUAAGUAUAAAAGACUUGCGCUGAGGAAUUAAGAAAUAUUGCACAGGAAAAAUCGACUGACUGAUAUUUCCAACACUUCUCACUUCAACCUGAGCUGAAGGUAAAGACAAGAGGCCCAAAGAUGAAGAGCCUUGUUCAACUCCUUGUACUCUGUGCUGUGCUCUCACUGUGCGUCUCCCUCGGCAGAGGAAGAGCUAGCCGGUCAAAUUCAGACUCCAAUGAAAGCACAGAAUCCAGUGAAGAUGUGUUUGUGGCCCCGAGGCGAGCCAACUCCUUCAUCACGCCACAGAGACGCGCCGUAUACAACCUUCCCCGAGGAAACGGCUACAGCAGUUACUUUAUGAGUCGGCGGGUCAAGUCUCCAGCAGAGAGACGUGCCGAGACUUGCGAGGAUUACUCUCCCUGCCGCUUCUUCGCCUAUCGCCAUGGCUACCAGGUGGCCUACCGGAGAUACUUUGGGACCGCCGCUCCACAGAGGAGACCAUCUGCAGCUCGUCGAUAUUAAACAUCCGCGUUAGAUGCUUGCAACGGACACACUUCACCAACGGGGACGUAUUAUGGCAGUCCAUGACUUAAGUUAUAACGACGGCCUCUUCUGGAUGUGAUUUUUUUUUU